AUGACCCGCGGCCUCGCCCCGAGCCUGCCCACCGAGGUCCACAGGAUGGGCUCCUUCCGCAGGCCCAGGCCGCGCUUCCUGAGCUCCCCGGUGCUCAGCGACCUGCCCCGCUUCCAGGCCGCUCGCCAGGCCCUGCAGCUGAGCUCCAACUCGGCCUGGAACAGCGUGCAGACCGCCGUGAUCAACGUCUUCAAAGGCGGAGGCUUGCAGAGCAACGAGCUCUAUGCACUGAAUGAAAACAUCAGGCGGCUGCUGAAGAGUGAACUUGGAGCAUUCAUUACAGACUAUUUCCAGAACCAGCUUCUGGCGAAAGGACUGCUGUUUGUGGAGGAGAAGAUCAAGCUGUGCGAAGGUGAAAAUCGCAUUGAGGUUCUGGCUGAAGUCUGGGACCACUUCUUCACUGAGACCCUCCCCACCCUGCAGGCCAUAUUUUACCCAGUUCAGGGCCAGGAGCUGACCAUCCGCCAGAUCUCCCUGCUGGGUUUCCGUGACCUGGUCCUGCUGAAGGUGAAGCUGGGCGACCUGCUGCUGCUGGGCCCGGCUCGGCCGCCCCCGUCCAUCAUCCAGAUGCUGCUCAUCCUGCAGAGUGUUCAUGAGCCCACAGGCCCCAGCGAGGGGUGUUUGCAGCUGGAGGAGCUGGUGAAGCAAGUGGUUUCUCCUUUCCUGGGUGUCAGCGAGGACCGCGGCAUCUCGGGCCCCACGUACACGCUGGCCAGGCGCCACUCCCGGGUCCGACCCAAGGUCACGGUCCUGAACUAUGCCUCCCCGAUGACCACGGGCGGCCGGCCCCCGAACGAGAUGGCCCUGACCCCUCUGACGGAGCAGGAGGGGGAGGCCUACCUGGAGAAGUGUGGCAGUGUCCGGCGGCACACGGUGGCCAAUGCCCACUCGGACAUCCAGCUGCUGGCCAUGGCCACCAUGAUGCACCCGGGCCUGGGUGAGGAGCCUGGGGCCGAGGACCCGUGCCUGCUCCUGCCGCCCCGCUUCUCGCCGCCGCCCCACCGCCAGUGCUCCAGCGAGCCCAACAUCACCGACGGCCCCGAGGAGCUCGAGGGGGUGGCCGGGGGCUGCCCGGGGGACUCGGAGACCAACUGUGCCUCCCUCAGCUGA